CACUAAACGUGUCAGUAUACCCAGUCAGUCAUUUGUUUGUGUGUGUGUGUGUGUUUGGUGGCCGUGGUGGUGGUGGUGGUGGGUGUUGGGAAAAUCAAACACAAACGAAACGACUCAGAAUCAUCCUCAUCUCUAUGACACACGGACAGCAAGGAAGCGAGCAAGAAGACCAGGAGAAGCUACAGGUUACCGUCUCUUAUAAAAAGAUCUGUUCCCUGUCCUCGGUGUGGCUGUCCUCAAUGGACUGAGCCAAGAGUCAGGCGUGGGUGUAGAAGAACAAAUCCACGUAGAAAGGCUUUGUGAUAUCCCCAGCCAACAGAAACAUGUCGUCGCCUUCUCUUCCCAUGCCUUCGCUGCCCCCUAGCCCACUGGCAAUGGAGUACCUCAAUGACUUUGACCUCCUCAAAUUUGAGUGUGGUGGGGCCGAUGAUCGCUUCUCUGACGAGCAGCUUGUGAGCUUGUCAGUGCGGGAGUUGAACCGACACCUCCGCGGCGUGAGCAAAGAUGAGGUGGUGCGGCUGAAGCAGAAGCGGCGGACACUGAAGAACCGUGGCUACGCCCAGUCCUGCCGCUACAAGCGCCUCCAGCACCGCCACGCGUUGGAGUCUGAGAAACACGUGCUCACACAACAGCUGGACCAGUUGCAGUGUGAGCUGGCCCGAGUACUCAGGGAGCGGGACGCCUACAAGGCCCGCUACGAGAAGCUGGCCGGCGCCAACCUUGCAAGUAGCGAAGCACUGAUGGCACGCAGUACCAACCCCCCCUCCCCACCCCCGGACUACUUCCUCUGAGGAGUGAGAGAGAGAGAGAGAGAGAGAGAAAGAGAGGGAUAGAAAGAAGGGGUGAUGGAGGACGGCUAAGAAGAAGGAGAAGGUGAGGGAGGGAGAAAAAAGAACAGCAAUGGCGACCAGCCCAGCCUGAGUGGAGCUCUUGAUGAUGAUUAAUCAGACAUGUUUGGGGAAGACAGGAGUCAGCGCCAAUGCUGCAUUCAGUCCUAAUGUACAUGUUUGUGUGUGUGUGUGUGUGUGUGUGUGUGUGUGUGUGUGUGUGUGUGUGUGUUUGUGUGUGUGCAUGUGUGCGUGUGUGUGUGUGUGUGUGUGUGUGUGUGUGUGUGUGUGUGUGUGUGUGUGUUUGUGUGUGUGUAUGCAUGCAAGCCUCUGUGUGGUAAAGGAGGGGAGAUGAAUACAUAUAAAUGAAUAGUGAGAGAAAAGGGAGGCUGAGAGAGAUAGAGAGAGAGAGAGAGAGAGAGAGAGAGAGAGAGAGAGAGAGAGAGAGAGAGAGAGAGAGAGAGAGAGAGAGAGAGAGCCAGAGAGAGAGAGAGAGAGAGAGAGAGAGAGAGAGAGAGAGCCAGAGAGAGCCAGAGAGAGAGAGAGAGCCAGAGAGAGAGAGAGAGCCAGAGAGAGCCAGAGAGAGAGAGAGAGCCAGAGAGAGCCAGAGAGAGCCAGAGAGAGCCAGAGAGAGAGAAAGACUUAGGACUUGAACUCACAACUGUGAAAUCCAUUCCAUUGCACUUGCAAGGAUGAACUGUAUAUUCAGCCUUUAGGUUUUUUUGAGGAAUCAUUUCUGUAUAUCCCACUGACAUUGACAACAGUGAACUCUGGCCAUCUCUUCUCUGAGUGAUAACGUAGGAGUGAUGAAAGACUAUGGACUUCAGAAGGUCCAACUUGGAUCUCAACGGGAAGAAAAACCCCACAGACAAUGGCCUCUGUUUCCAUUUCAUUGACGUUUCCCAUUUUCUAGGAGUGUCUCCUAUCUCCUAUGAGUAUCUCCUAUCUCCCAGGACAUAAGACCAGCAAAUAUGAAACAUAUAAAUAAUUAUCUUUAGAACAACCUGAAACAAUCUCUGUGAAGGACUGUUUGAGUUCAGGCCAUGAAACGUAGGGGGGUUUAUAUUCCUAGCUGCUAAUGGCUAGUGUGACAGUGCUGGAUGUGAAGUGGUUGAGUCCUGGAUAUUCUGUCCAUGGCAUGUAGUUUUACUCUCCUACUUAUAUUUCACAGUUGCCAACCGAGUUGAGGCUCGACAGGACUUUUCUAGUAAUUGAUGAACGACAAAUGCAUGCAUGCCCUAUUUUUGCUAUAACUGGCAUUGGAAAAUAAUCAGAAGAAAAAAUAUUUGCAGUGUGUCUGUAAAGUCUACAAUUUUUUUUUUGAUCAGUCUUGGCCAAACUGCUGACAUUACCAGACACACCACCAAUAUAACAAAUGAGGUGAUGCAGUCUGGAACUUGAGCAGAAAAUCCCCCCAUUGCACUCAUCAUCAUAAUGAGAUGCAGACAUCUCAUUAUUUGAAUUGACAUUUCGGCAGGGCUUCAGGGCGUAGAAGAUGAUUCAUUUUCUAUUUGGGAAUGAAAUAGUUGAUUUGUUUUAUUUCUACUUAUUUAUUCACACUAUUUAUUCUUCGUUUAUUUAUGUUCCUAUUAUUAUUUUAUUUUACUGGUUUACAAACAAUAGAGUGUGUUUUGCACCUCCUAGCAGGUGACGAAUAUAGACAAUACGGACUGUAACAAACACAUAGCUGGGGAUGACAAUGCUGGUGUCAUGCUCCUGUUGUAGUGUGUUUUAAUAAGCUUAUGAAAUAAAGUCGAUAUUUUACCAAUGUAA